AUGGCGGCGGCCAGCGCUGAUUACGUCACCGAGAGGCGCUGCGCCCGCGCUGGUGAUUCCAGUCCUCUGGCAUACCAGUCCGAGGGUUUGGGCUGGAUUUGUGUGGCUCAGGGUGCAGGAGAAAGUAUCUCUUUGGAGCAGAAAGGCCCUUGUUCCCUGGUUCUGCAAGCCCCAAAGCACUCCUUUGGUGUGAAGUCCAACCCCUCCAAGCGGCACAGGGAGCGGCUGAACCAGGAGCUGAACAAGCUGAUGGGGCUGCUGCCCUUCCCUGAGGAUGUGCGCUCCAGGCUGGAUAAACUCUCCAUCCUCCGGCUGGCCGUGGGCUACCUGAAGGUGAAGAGCUACCUGAUGGCUACAGCUCCAAACGUUGGUAACCGUGUGGAUCAGCCCAGAUUCCCAAGAGGGGACAGAUGGACGGAGCCGCAAGGUGACAGGGAGCUGUUUCCUGAGGGGGAGCUGCUGCUCCAGGCACACAAUGGAUUUGUCAUCACCGUGACUGGAGACGGCCACAUCUUCUACAUCUCCCCUACCAUGCAGGACUACUUGGGCUUCCACCAGUCGGAUCUCAUCUACCAGAGCAUGUACGAGCUGAUCCAUGCAGACGACAGGGCCGUGCCAGGGUGAUCCAUGCAGGGGUUCACUUGGGCAGCUCGGAUCCGCAGCCCCCAGCACCUCCAUGCUGAGAAGCAAUCCUUCGUGGAGAGGAGCUUCACCUGCCGCUUCUGCUGCCUGCUGGAUAACUCCUCGGGAUCCUUGGCCUUGAAUUUCCAUGGGUGCUUGAAGUUCCUUCUUGGGCAGCAAAAGACAGCAGCAGACAAGUCCCCAGUUGCUCUCUUUGCCACUGCCACACUCCUCCAGCCUCUCUCCAUCCUGGAGCUCCGGACCAAAACACUGAUCUUCCAGACAAAGCACAAGCUGGACUUCCCUCCAAUGGCCUGUGAUUCCCAGGGGAAGGUUGUCCUGGGAUACACGGAAGUGGAGCUGUGCAGGAGGGGGUCGGGAUACCAGUUUGUUCAUGCAGCUGACGUGAUGCACUGCGCAGAGCACCACGUGAGAAUGAUGAAGACAGGGGAGAGUGGGUUGACGGUGUUCUGGCUCCUGACCAAGAGGGACAGCUGGCUGUGGGUGCAGGCCAGUGCACAUCUGGUGUACAAAGGAGACAGGCCCGACUGCAUCAUCGCCCGCCAGCGAGCGCUGUCGAAUGAAGAAGGGGAGGAACAUCUCCAGAAGAGAAACCUGCAGCUGCCUUUCAGCUUUGCCACAGGGGAAGCAGUCUUGUAUGGGAAUGACCUUCCUGGGUUCUUGGACUCGUUCCAAGCCAAGGAGGAGUAGCAGGUGCAAGCAAACUCCAAGUCAGAGCAGUGCUUGGUAGACCCCAACUCUCUCCUUGGGGCCAUGAUGAAGCAGGAUGCAUCCAUAUACAAUUCCCACGCUGAUAACGUGCCUCAGUUUUCCCUGCUAGGUGUCAUCCCUGAGCCUGAUGGGCUGACUCAGAAUGAGGAUGUCAGCAGUGCCAAGGAGGACAGCGACUCCCUCCUGGUGGUCAUCGAAACCCUCUUUGAGAAGAGUGAGGUGGAUGCAAACGUCUGCCAGACCCUAAACGUGGACAGCACGGAGCUGCAGCAGUGGGAGGAAGCUCUGCUCAGCUUGGGGGCAGAGGAGGAGCCACUAGCUCAGGGGCUUGGCCAGAGGCCGGGCACCAAGGUGACAUCCUGUAUGGAGCAGAUGCUCCUUAGGGAGAGUGCUGGAACGAGCCUGGACUUCCAACACUGCCAUGAGGAAAACAGUGCUAUGGCUCACUUCCAGCACUGCUGGGCAGCUGGUUCAGCAUUCCCAGCACAGCCCCAGGCAGCGGGCACAUGGGGAGGCCAGGGGGCUGUGGGCUCCGUAGCCUCCGUGACCUCUGAGGGCAGCUUUGCCCAGCCAGAGCAGCAGGUCCCAUUUAACCCAGCCGGGCUGGUGGCAGGGACUGUGCUAGGUGUCCCCAUCUCCAGCAGCAAAUCAUCUGCAGUACUUCAGCUGGCAAACCAAGCAUUUCAGGCAGAAGCUACCCCCUCUGGUCUUGUAGAUAAUACUCAGAGGCAGUCUGGGUGCCAGCUGGUGGGCUCCAGCUGCUCACCCCCAGUGCACUCAAACACGUUGGUGACUCUGCGGCACAAUGUCUUCCUCCAGGCAAACCCAGCCAGUUGCCCAUCGGAGGCUUUGCUGGCCAUGGUUCCACAACAGCUGGAAGCUGCAGGAGGAUACAUGGAGUCCCAGACUCUGCCAGAUGGCAGUCCUGAGAAUUCCCCGGGGGCUGGACUCUGGUGGCCACCCCUGUCCCAGUCUUUUCCUUGCCCUGCCCAGGGCUUGCAUGAGUCCCUGUUCUCUAGGGAUGGGAAGCUCUGUGAUGUGGAGGCUGCUCUCCCUGCACCCUUAGGAGCCAGGCAGCUGCCAGGGCAUGGCAGCUUUCCCAAAGAGCCCCUGGUAGCCCAUGUAGACCCCAGCUUUUCCUGGGAGGGGGAGCAGGCAGUGCUCCGAGAGGACAAGGGGUUCUCAGAGGCUGGGGCAGCUCCUCAGAGGAGCCAUGGGGCAGGGCCAGUGCACCACAGUGGACUCCUGCUGAGAUCCAGCAUGGAUCCCAGCACCCACCAGAAGGACUGCUUUGUGCUGUCCAGGUGCCAGUAUGGAAACAGCCUUUUUAGGCAUGAGAGCAGCUUCCUGAGGGAUGCUGCUAAAGUACCCCUUCCACAGCAGCCAGGUGCCUUGCCUUGCCCUGCUGAGAACCACCCUGGAGCACCCUCCUCCUCACCGGGCUUGGUUUCAAGGUGCUCAGCAGCUCUCCCUGUGAAGGUGGGUGCAGGAGCACCCGUGUGCUCCAGGCAGGGUCCUGGCUGCCCAUCAGUUCCCUUCUCAACUGGGCAGCCCCUCUGUACCUGUGAGAUCCAGCUCAAGGUGAGGUGUGAGGGCUGCCGGACCUGAGGGGUGCCCAGCUCCUGUGGAGGUCUGUUGUUGUUCUGGCUUGUAAGAUAAGCAUGUGUUCUAUUUGCCAUCUGUUGGAGGUUGGGCAGUUUUCUAAUCU